UCUAUCUAUCUAUCUAUCUAUCUAUCUAUCUAUCUAACUAUCUAUCUAUCUUUCUAUCUAUCUAUCUAUUUGAGUAUGGAGGCUGGUCUGUGUCCUCCAAUCCUCCAGUAUUCUACCAGCAUCCUCCCCUCUUCACCCACCCAAACAAAAACAAAACAAGAAACAAAAUUGCGAAAAUGGGGAAAAAGGAGAAAGAGAAGGAAGAUAAGAAAUCAUGGCGAGCAGAUUCUGUUAUUUGUGGGACUCUCUGUAUUUGUCAGGGGUUAGCUGUUCUAAGCUCUGUAUCUAUUAUCUAUCUAUCGGUUAUUGUCUAUUUGCCUGCUAAGAGAGAGCUGGAGUCUGGUAUAGGAGAAACCCCUGUUAUGUGUACAACAGUUGAGCGAAGAAAAAAGGAACAUUAUUCAGAGGCCUGUACAUCCUCCAGCUGUACAGAAUGGUGCCUGGGCAAGGGUAGUGGCCCAUGUGACCAGAUUCAUGUUGCUGUUAGAGAAAAUGGGACUGAUGUUGAUUUUGAGGGUUGCUCGAAUGUGUUCCGUAAAGAAUGUCCUAUUCUUGAUUCUAAUACAGCUUCUGAACACAACUGCAAGAAGAAUAACCAAUGCACUCAACUAAACGGUCUCUUUAUUUGCCAGGAAGGACUUUGCACAAAUAUUUCAGAGGUGUUCUCCUGCACCUGGAAAAGGGAGGAUGAGGAGGACCCCUUGAACUGCUACUAUAAGAGGAAUUGUGUUAAACUAGAUGGAGAAUAUGUUUGUACAAAUGGCGAAUGUUCCAGGGUAUCAGGUUGGACGUGUAGAAGAAAAUGUGAAGAUAUACCUAUGGAAGACAAGAAUCUUCUUAUUAUGGCCGGACAUAGUAUUCUCACAGCACACUGUAGAAAUGGAAUAAAUUCAAGGAAUGGUGAGGAAAUUUGGGAAGAUUCUGUCGAGAUGGAAAACAAGAUACUUGCUGCAUCAUGCACUGUCCUAGAACCUGCAUUCGAUUCAGAUUUAGUUCGAGUGACUGAUUGCAUCAAUGGUUCCUUGAUACCUAGAAAUAUAUUCGGUUCCUAUUCAAAUCUUACAUCUAUCUAUGCACUAUACAAGGAGAAUGCUUUACGGUAUAGAUACGAUGAUAACAAGGAUAUUGAAAGCAAGCCGAGAAAACAACAUCUUCCCUUCGACCUCGAGAUUACUAUUUAUAAAGCUAACGACUUGGGCUAA